GGUGCUCCGGUAACAGAUGGCGGCGGUGGCGGGGAGUAAGUAGCAUCCAGCAGAAAUCUGACGGGGCAGUCCGGACCAGCUACCAGAGUUUGUUUUCUACUGAGGAAUCUGCAAAAGACCUAGUCGAUCUGACCUCAUUGAGAAUUUAUUUUGUCUACAAUCUUGGAUUUUUUUCUUUUUACGUUGUCUUUUUUCCACUGUAGGCCACAAAAGCCUCGGGCUAGAUUUGGCUACAUACCGAUCCGAGUGCAAGGAGACAUCUGUGGGAUUGUUUGGAAAGUCUCAUGAAAUGUUUAUGCCAUAAUUGGGUGGUUUGAAGUAGUAACGUGUUUAUUUUGUAGAGUCAGUAGUGUUUUCACGAUAGCCAAAAUCUGUUAAUGUGGAGUAGAAAAAAAGUUAAUGAUACAAGCUAACUGGCUAGCUUGCUAAAAUGCUAGUUAGCUACCAAGCAGCGGAACUUUAGCAUGUUGAAUGAAUGAAUGAAUUGGCGACCACUUGCAUUUAACUAACAGCUUGUUAUUAGAAGAACACGUCUAAUAUAACAUAAGACGGCGCUGGUUGAGCCUGUCUGGCUAACUCUUCUUCUGUUACACUAACUUGCAUACCCACAAAUGGACAGGAAUGCGAUUCCUGGGAGUUGGUGGACAGCGGCGGUUUAGCACGCAAAGAUAGUGUUGUGCUAAUACCGACUAUAGCCCGGUAAUGUGUAUGAGACUGGGGGAAGUUAACUUUAGCUAGCUACAAAUAUUUGCGCUACCCAGGACUUGGCUGCAAUAGUGUGAACCUUAUACCCGGUUCGGGAAUGGGGAAUACGGUGUCAUGCUGCGUCUCUCCAGAGUCGAGCCCCAAACUACCGUCAAGACAACCGGCAGAGCGGCUGGAGGAGUUCCAGACCAGCACCGAAGUGAGCGAUGAUAACACCGUGCCCUACCUGCAGCAUAUAAGCGACAGAGAGGUCCCAGAUGAGCUGGCUGUGGAGUCUAACCCGUCAGACCACGCCCGAGCGAGCACCAUCUUCCUUAGCAAGUCCCAGACAGACGUACGAGACAAGAGGAAAAGCAACCACAUAAAUCACAUCAGUCAUGUGUCCCCUGGUCCACUGUCUAAGAAAUACAGCUCCUGUUCCACAAUCUUCAUAGACGACAACACCGUCAGCCAGCCAAACCUCAAAAGCACAAUCAAAUGUGUCACAUUAGCAAUAUACUACCACAUCAAAAACAGGGACUCAGACAGGUCACUGGAUAUCUUUGAUGAGAAGUUGCACCCCUUAUCAAGAGAGCCAGUGCCAGAUGACUACUCCCGAGUAGACCCAGAACACAAACUGAUCUACCGUUUCGUCAGAACGCUCUUCAGUGCCGCACAGCUCACUGCAGAAUGUGCCAUUGUCACUCUAGUGUACUUGGAGCGCCUGCUGACCUACGCUGAGCUGGAUAUCUGUCCCGCCAACUGGAAGCGCAUCGUCCUGGGAGCCAUCUUGUUGGCUUCCAAAGUCUGGGAUGACCAGGCUGUGUGGAAUGUUGACUACUGCCAGAUCCUCAAAGACAUCACUGUGGAGGACAUGAAUGAGAUGGAGCGCCACUUCCUGGAACUUCUCCAGUUUAAUAUCAACGUGCCAGCCAGUGUCUAUGCCAAGUACUACUUCGAUCUGCGGCAGCUGGCUGACGACAACAACCUCAACUUCCCUCUGGAGCCUCUCAACAACCAACGCGCCCAGAAACUAGAGGCCAUUUCAAGACUAUGUGAGGACAAGUACAAGGACCUGAGCCGAGCAGCGAUGAGACGAUCCUUCAGCGCAGACAACCUGAUAGGUAUACGACACUCCAACGCUGUGCUGUCAUAGGUCAGACCGCUGCCCUCUGAUUUCCAAAGCCCAGCUGACCCACAGCCAGCCCCGGACAAACAUAGCCACCUCACAGGGUCAACACAGUCACAUCAGGCAGGAUUCAGCCUUGAAAUGGUUGAAACGGUAUGACAUGCCCAAACGGUAAUCUGCAUUACGGCUGCGUGAUUGUCAAAUUAAACUUGAAAUUGGGGUGUUAACCUAAAACCUUGCCACACAACUGUUGUUUUUAUAAAUCCCUUAUUUAUUUUUUACUUGUCCCUUAUUUCUAAGAGAAAGUGUUAAGUGGAAAUUGCUCUUCCGCACUCAUCUCUGUCUUUGGAUUGUCAUUAAAAUGUAAUUUCUGCAAAAGUAUCAGAAUUAUUCCAUGCAGCCUUUAAAAGAUGAGGCUGGUGUUGUUCUAUAUUUUAGUUGUCACCAAAUCCAAUGACAAGACCAAGACCAGCAAUGUGUUAGUUUUUCUCUCUGUACUUUCUGACUUCCACACCCAGUCUGUGACAAGCAGGCCAUUGGUUUGUACUGAAGACACAAAUAUUUAAUGUGUCACAAUUGUACAGUAGACUUUAAGUCCUAAAAUGGCUCAGUCAUUUCCUAAAACAGCUACCACUAUAACAUCUAUCAAACAUUGACUCAAACAGGAUGGUGCAUUUGUUGGGGACUGUUUCUUGCUGUGGAUUAAUACACAUUUGGUGCUUCAAGUCAGUAUUUACUGCAGCAGGAUGGUGUAUGUGGGACUGACUCAAAAUAAACCGUGUACAGGGCACUACUACUGCUGUCAGACUGUGGAUACACGGACAGUACUUAGUCAGAUCUAUUUAUUGUUGGUUUUGGGCUUUUUGUGGGAUUUGUUGACAGUAAGAAAGUAUACAAUAUCACCAGACAUAAUUUAAUUGGCAACACAAAAGCUGUUCCUUUUGUAAAUUAGAUUUAAUACCAGAAGUUACCUUUUGAGUGUGUAAAAAGAGACUUGUUUACUGUUUAUUCCAGUGGUGUUGGAUUGUAUUUCAAUAAAUUAUCUACACAUUUGGAUGGAGCAUGUCAAAGACGACAAAGUAUUAAACUAUGAAUAUUCCAUAGGAGCUGGCCAAAGUAAGCAAACCUUCAGUCAGCUGUUGUAGUGUUUCUGGGAGUCAGGAGUGCCAAUGUGGGGUCAGAUUCAUUUUUCAGAUACACUUGGUCAAAAAAGGAGCGAUUUACAGAUUCUGGAUCAGUGCUGCUACUGAGUGGCUUGUUAUAGCAGUUAGGUUGACAUAAUGCAUAAAUGUAGGUUGGAUCCACACUGUCCGGCCAGAGUAUUAUGCCCCUCAAAUCCUGUCAUCCAUACCCCACCUCAGAGAGCCCCAUCAACAGAUUACCAAACCCAUGCUUGUCCCAGGCCCCCAACCAGAACUUCUGAACAAUACAUAGAUAUUGAGGGGGGGAAAAGAGACUGAUGGAUACUCCCCUCCUUUUUGCUUACUAUGUAGGCUACUAGCUGUGAAAUUUGUCUUGUUUUUAAUUAAAAAAAAAA